AUGUCUGUCUGUCUGUUCCUCUCUCUCUCUCUCUCUCUCUGUCUAUCUAUCUAUCUAUCUAUCUAUCUAUCUAUCUAUCCCAGUUUAUUCAUAUUUUACACACUUUCUAUCUCACCGUAUUCCAUCUGCCAAUCUAUCUAUCUAUCUAUCUAUCUAUCUAUCUAUCUAUCUAUCUAUCUAUCUAUCUAUCUUUAUGUUCUAUCUAUCUAUCUAUCUAUCUAUCUAUCUAUCUAUCUAAGCAAUAAAUUAAUAAAUGUUCAAUCGAUUUAUCUCUUGAAAAAUUUCAAAGUUUCUCGGAGAAUCUAUAUAUUAGUUUAUAUAUCUGUUCGUAUGUUGGCCUGGGAGUAUCUAUCUAUUUUCUAUCUACUUAUUUUUUUGAUGUCUAAUCUAUCUAUCUAUCUAUCUAUCUAUCUAUCUAUCUAUCUAUCUAUCUAUCUAUCUAUUCCUAGCUUUCAUUAUUUAUUAUUUCUCUCAUUAUCUAUCUAUCUAUCUAUCUAUCUAUCUAUCUAUCUAUCUAUCUAUCUAUCUAUCUAUCUAUUCCUAGCUGUUAAUUAUCUGUUAUCUUUCAUCUUUCACUCACUAUCGAUCUAUGUAUCUAUCUAUCCAUGUCAGUUUAUUAUUUAUUAUUUCUCUCAUUAUCUAUCUAUCUAUCUAUCUAUCUAUCUAUCUAUCUAUCUAUCUAUUCCUAGCUUUUAUUAUUUAUUAUUUCUCUCAUUAUCUAUCUAUCUAUCUAUCUAUCUAUCUAUCUAUCUAUCCUCUCAUUCAUCAAUUCCCCUUUGUCCUUAA